UUUCCCGUUUCCGAAAAUUGAAUGAAAAGUUAUAUUACCAAUGUAAUAAGAUGACAGGUGAUCCCAAUAAAGGACUACCUCUUCCGAGCGGACCAGCAUCCCUGUGUUUUGAUAAAGAUGUGUUUAUGCAAGAGAAUUUUGAUGUAGACCAGUUUGUGAUUGAGUGCCGUAGAAGGGUUCCACUAGAGAACCUCAGAGAUGACCUAAACACUUAUUUGAAGAUACUAAGGAGUGCAAUGAUAGAGCUCAUUAACAAAGACUAUGCAGACUUUGUCAACCUGUCUACAAAUCUGGUUGGAAUGGAUAAAGCAAUUAGCAAUCUGACAACACCCCUAGAUCACCUGAAGGGAGAGAUCAUGACUGUGAAAACAGCAAUGGAGGAUGCAAUCCAGGCAGUGGAAGAGAAAUUAAAGAAGAGGGAACAAAUCAGACAAAAAAAGGCAUCACUACAGAGGCUGAUGAAUAUCAUUCACUCUGUGGAGAAAAUAGAGAAAUUACUGGGAAUUCACUCCAGGGACAGCAGUUCUACCUCAGGACAGUUGAAUGGACAGUUGAUAGAGAGAGUUGCCAAUGAAUUCAACAAGCUUCAGUUCUACGUCACUAAGAGCAAAGGACUCCCUCUGGUAGAAGAGAUCAAACCGAGGAUAGCUAACAUCACGACAACACUCCAGUACAGCUUGGAGGGGCAGCUUGUCGAGGGGCUCCAGAAGGGGAAUCUUCAGGUUCUACACCAGUGUCUAAGGACAUACGCACUAAUCGACAAAAUCAAGGAUGCCGAGAAUCUUUUCAGACAGAACAUUGUAAAACCUUACAUGGAAGAGGUUAUAAGUGAGAAGUGUCUGAAAGCUAAUGGUUUGGAAGGAAUGUAUGGUAGAGUGUUGGAGUUCAUGCCGAAGCACUGUCGUCUGCUGAAGGAGGUGACUCUGUCUGGGAGCUCAGGGUCCUCUGAGGUUGUCCGGGGAUUUGAUUUUCUGGUUAAUGCUGUAUGGCCAGAGAUUGUGACCAACAUCGAAGCCAGGACACACUCCAUUUUUGCUCCAGGGAAUCCUGAUGUUUUCCAUAAAAGGUUCAAAACUAGCAUGCAAUUCUUGGAUGAUUUUGAAAAGCAGUGUGGGACACAGGCAAGUGUCAAACGUUUGCGGGACCAUAGCAGUUACCAUGCUUUUAUGACCAAGUGGAGUUUACCAGUUUACUAUCAGAUAAGGUUUCAAGAUGUUGCUGGGGAAUUUGAGUCAGCCUUGGAAAUUCCAUUUAACAAAGCCUCAGGAUCCUCUGACUUCCUGCUCCAUUCUACAGCCGUUCUGUGGACCUCUCUUCACCGCUGCUGGUCAGACGAGGUGUAUCUAGAUCUCCUCUGUAACAGAUUCUGGAAGCUUAAUCUCCAGCUCCUCAGUAGAUAUUCCCACUGGCUGGACGAGAGCUACCAAACUGAAAUUGAACACAGGAAAUCCACUGAAAAAGACCAGAGUGAUACCAGUAAAUCUAAGUUGUCUGCACCAACUGACAGACCAGCAGACAAACAGAACGGGAGUGGUGAUAAAUCUAGCACUCCAAUAGAAGGGGACACAACUCCACCUAAUCCUCCAGUUACCAACGGACAACUACUGAGUCUCUUGUCUGAUGCACUCAAACUCUCAUCUCAUAUAUUCCACAUGUUUGACAGCACAAUAAAACCAAAACUUACAGCAGUGGGAUGCACAAACCUAGAAGAAUUCAAAGAAUGUUUGACAGAAUGUAGUGAAGAAAUUAAAGCUAAACUACCUAAAUUCCAAGCCCAUCUUGUGGAGGAAAUCACUACACAGUGUUCUGCACACCUGAAGCAGGUCAAUGACAUUCCACGACUGUACCGAAGAACCAAUAAGGAGGUACCAAGUAAACAGUCAGGCUAUGUGAUAAACCUCCUGAAACCCAUUAAGAUGUUUACUGAGGAACAUUCAGAAAUUUUAGACAAGAAACUCAAACUUCAGAUGUUCCAGGAAGUAUUGGACAGUCUAACUGACUCGUAAGUCACUGGCAGUUUUUAUUAACGCAUAUAUGACAUACUGAUGUCUGUUAAAAAAGUGGAGGACAGCUUGAAGAGGCUGAAGAAGAACCGAGGGAGUGAUAAAAGCAGCGGAAACCAAGGCAUGACCGAUGACGAUAAAAUACGACAGCAGUUUAUUGUGGACAUAGACAACUAUAGUGCUCAGGUAAAUGAAUAUGGAGAUUUUGGCAACAUGGAGAGCUUGAAAAAACUGCAGUCUUUGGCAGAGGAAGCAAAGAGUGCAAUGACAACAGCUCAGUGAGUGGGAUUAGGGGGAUCCACAAGGUCUGAGUUUCCAGAGGGAACCACUGUAUAAACUGGGAAUAAGGAAGUUUACAUGUAACUUUGCUAUCAGAGGGAUCUUUGUGAUUAAUUAAAAAAAUCUGUACCAAUAAACUACUCAUGUAUAACAAGACACAAUAAAAAAUCAUUACGAUUUA